AGAAUCGAUAGUUUUGUAGUGAUACUAGUGUUGCGCAACGCCGGAGCAGCCAAUAAUUGAUAUUUGAAGUGUCAGCGGAAUCGAAGUCUGACAAAGAAACUCUAUUUCCUUAGAAUUGUGUUAUGUUUUCCGUGAAAGAGGCCAAUUGAACCAUCCGCAACAUUUAGAAGUAACCAUUUCUGUGCGGUCAAUUCGCUAUCUCGCUCGCACUUGCGCACGUGCUCGUCAUUUACCCUAAGCCGUCAAAAAUCCCGCCCUUCUACUUUCCACGCCCAUUAAGAUGGCUCCUAAGAAGCAUAGUGCGUUCAUGGUGUUCGUAACCGAGUGGAGGAAUCAUAACGUUGAGGGCCGCCGAAUGACGCUGCCGCAGGCUGUUUCCCACUGCGGGACCAUUUGGGAGAAAAUGACCGCCCAGCAGCGGGGUCCGUACCAAUCAGGCGCCAAGGACGCAGACGUCGCGGAUCGUGCUAAAAGGGAGCGUCUCAACUGCCACGGCCAGGGUAUCGCCCAGGUGGAUCAGGUCCAAAAGGAGGCCGCCGAGAGUUUGAUGCACAUGAAGCGCUCCACCGAGCGCCUCGUGAUAAACGCCAAGAAGUCCCAUGAUCUGGAGAACGCCAAGUUUGUCUUCGCCACCUUCAACUACUUCACUAAGGCAUUGACCACCGACGUCUAUGUGCCCGCUGAGUUUGCGGCAUGCGAAUACUCGUUAAAGGAGGGAAUACGGUCUAUCUACAGCUCCAUGAUUGAUCCUGGUCAGAUCAUCUUUGGGCAAGGUAGCGAUGCCCUGCACCACUCGUCAACCACUCACGACCUGCCGCUGCCACCCAACGCGCUGGGCGAGAAGAACAUGGCCAAGCUGUACCGCAACAUUAUUGACUACCUAACCAAAUGCCAGGGAGGAGACAAGCCCUUAAUCGUCUUUACCCCCGCCGAAAACAUUGCAAUGGUAAAGUCAUGUUUUCGCUAUUUGGAGUGCGAGGAUGACUCCAAGGACGGGGGCAGAACAAUCCAGGUGUUUGAUAUAGAGUACUUGCUAUUCAUAUUGAAGAAGGAGGUCAUGGAUGUCGCUGAUUUGAAUGAUGAGAAAAUCAACAAAUUUGUGACGGAUGCCUUUUUUAAAAAAGACUUUUUCGAGUUUACCGCAGGGAUUGCGUGUCAGUAUCACGAGGAUAAUGAUCGAACAAAGUACUGUACCCAGAGUAUGGUGACUAGAUGGGCGUAUACCUUCAGUGAUUUUAUGUGCGGAGACCUGGCCAUAACCGUCCAACCCGGAAAGCACAUACCUGCCCACACAAAACCCAACUACCGUAUCAUAAGCUCGGACGCCUCUUCUCUUGCCCAUGAGUCCUCCUUCGACUCUUUUUACUCACUACCUGGGUCACGGGUGAAGAAGGAAAACCAAUCCGAAGAUGUUUUGUUAUCUAGCAGUCGACCUUCCGUCGAAUCUAGCUCCUACACGCCCACGGACCACACCGCCUUUACCGCGGAUUUAAGCAAAUUAUGUGAAUUCCCCAGCCUCGGCAUGCGUAAUUCCAGUAAGCACCGCGGUCUCGACGUUAGUGCUCAGCGGGAAAGGAACGCAGGGGCCUGGAACUUACCGACGCAUUCGCGUUCUAUUCAGAAGUUUUCAGAUAACGACUUUAGCGUAACCGGCGCUGAUGGGAAACAUAAAAACUAAGGCACAUUUGAUUUAAAAACAUUGAUUCCUGAUAGAUAUUUUUUUUGUAUCGGAUUAAACUAUAUUGCUUAGUUAUUAUAGUUACUAUUACUUGUAUACAACCUAACUGAAUUCGCCAUUGAUUGUUUCUAAGCCUUUAUUGAUUAUAUCGGACCGUUUUCUUAUUAAAUACAUUAGAUUUUUAGAAUCACUGUGUUAUUUGGUUGGACAGG